GAGUUGAGCCCAUUAUUCUCCACUACACUUUGGUAACGCUAGAGCUAGAAUUAUUAUUUUACAGAAUUUGCCACCACCCGCCAAUCUCCCUUUUACGGCCGCCGAUUUCGUCUGUCCUCUUCUCGUUCCCUCGUCGGCCACCACUUCCCCUCCGCUAUGGAUGACGACAAUUCGAACGCGUUGCGGAGAAUGUCGACCCGUACUCGGAAAGUUGCUCCUAAAAUGGCUGCAGCACUCGGCAGUUCUGAUAAUCGAUCCCAGGCAGCUUUGGCCCGUCUUGAAGCAUUGGAGAAUGAUAACGCUGGGAUUGAAGCAGUUGAAAUGAACGAUGAUGAUGAAGCUUCUCUUGAUGAAGAUGAUCAAGCAUACAUGCAAAAGAGAUCGAAGGGCACAAAACGUAAAACCCGACAGGCAAAAGCACUUGAAAAUGCUAGGAAGGCUCCCAGAUCAUUUCUUGAGCUCUUACAUGAGGCAAACUUAGAGUCCUUGCCUCCUCAUGUUCCAUCUUAUUUGAGGGCAGCAGUGGGACCUCCAAGUUCUACCUCCCGCCGGCAUUUUUGCAGCGUUUGCGGCUUUAGUGCAAAGUAUACAUGUGUGACAUGUGGGAUGCGCUUUUGUUCGUGCCGAUGCCAAAAUAUACAUAACGAUACUCGGUGCAUGAAAUUUGUUGCAUGAGUGGUAAUAUUAGGAACCCAAAAGGAUUUUGUUGACAUUAGCAGACAUUCAUCAAAUGCCAAAAAUAUUCUGUGGAUGUUGUUGUAAACAAAACUUUCAAAUGUAGUGUUAGUAAAACUAAGACUUUCUGUGA